AUGCCCUAUCUGAAAGCGUUUGAUGGCGCGCGACGAUACAGUUCCGUGAAUCGCCGACGUCAGUUACGCGAGAAUUCACUGAAUUCGACACCGACAUUCUUUCGCAAGUCCUGUGAUAAUCUCAGUCUGAUGAUGUCCUCGGAAUCGGGCUCACUGAUGACCGCGGUCAGUCGAAGCGUCUUGUUUGACGCGCUACUGGCUGAAGAGCACGACGCGGACGAAACAGAUCGAAUCACUUUUCGCGCCUUCUGCGAUUGGAUCCGUGACGGAUGCCCACUCACUCUUUCCCAGAUUCACGGUACAGACGAUUGGGACCACCCUCUGGGCUCAUCCAAAUCCGACUCAAUCGAGGAGUUGAACUAUACAGUCCGAUCCAACGCGUCCAGACUGGUCAGUGAAACCGAGAGUGAUCCGGAUCAGGUCACCUCCACUCAACCGACUGAUUUCUCAUCCCGUCACCGAUCCACACCAGUGUUUGAUCAGUUUAUGCACUAUCUGUUGGAAUUCGAUGUGAAACCGUGCCUAUUGUUUCACGAUACCAAAUUACGACGCGCAUUGUAUCGAGCUUUGCCCGAGCAAAAUUUAGAAUUGAUCCCGAUCACUCGGUUCACGGAAUUGUCACAAACAAAAGGGAGCAGAGAAUAUGGAAAAUAUUGUCCUCUAUUACCACCGCUUGAACCGACCUAUCAGUUAACAAUUGAUGACACCUCAGGUUAUAAAAAAGACAAAGAUGAAAAUCGAACGCUGGUGGUGAAAAUCUCCUCGGAGGCCCGGAAUCGGAUUGCAUCGGUGAUCAGUUUAUUCCAAUACUUGAAAAUGAUUUCUCGUGAAGUUCAUUCAAAAGAUUUGAAAACGUCCAAAUUCCCGGACACGGAUCGAGAUGAUCCGUUGUUACAUAUCGAUCAUACAGUGAUGGAGAAACAGUUUUCGAAAGUGCAACGUCUUCGUCUCGGGAUGGCAUUCGCUCGACUCGGUUUCGGGAUCCCGGAAACGGAAUGA